CGAAGUUGCGCGAUAUCCGUCGUUCGAUGCCGACUUCUCACAACGUCGUUGACAGCCGGAUCGACGGAGGGGAGAGCCGUGCUCGUUCGUUCUCGAUUCGUAAAGACGGAGUAAAUCGCGAAGCGUAUCUCUAGAUAAUCCUUGACACUUGCGUUAUCUCGUAGAUAGAUACUUGCACUUGUCGGUGAAAAAAGCUACGCGGGAUUCGCCGAAAUGACGGAGUCGGAGAAUAUUUUCUUGUUCGUGCCCAAUAUCAUUGAUUCGAUUCAACGAGACGCAGACUUUCGCAAAUAAUGGAAUUUUUUCUCUUGCCAAGUCAUCCCGCGUAAUGUGAUUGAUUAGUCAGAUGAAAGUACAAGUGGUGCGAACGUAUGACGCUUUUAAGGUUGCCUGUAUCGAUUGACUACUGCUCCAUGUAACAUUUGUAUCGUCAGCCAGCAAUAAUGAAAUUUCUCGCUGUAAUCCUUUUGAAGCCAUAGUUUUGGCAGAGUAAUUUUGGCGCUAAUUUCCUUUUACUUUAUGCCUACCAAUUAUAUUAUUGCAUCAUGGUGUUAUAUUGUCAGCGCAUUACUGGAUGCGAUAGACGGUCAUGCGGCAAGGUAUUACAACCAAAGCACAAAGUUUGGCGCAAUCUUGGAUCAGCUGACGGAUAGAGUCGGCACAAUGUGUCUUAUGGUCACGUUAUGCUUGUUCUAUCCUACCUAUACUUUUUGGUUUCAAUUGAGCAUGUGUAUCGAUAUAGCCUGUCACUGGAUAUAUUUACACACGACUCUUUUACAAGGAAAGACCAGUCACAAAUUUAUAGACAUGUCUGAAAAUCCAAUCAUGAGACUCUAUUAUACAAAUCGCACGGUAUUAUUCUUCAUGUGUGCUGGUAAUGAGGCAUUUUAUGCCGGUUUAUAUCUUUUACACUUUACCGAGGGUCCUAUCUUGGCUGGUAUUGGUCUAUACAGAUUAAUUGUAUAUCUGAGUGCUCCGAUAGCACUUGUUAAAGCUGCUAUUUCUGUACUACAUGGAUAUGUUUCGUGCAUCAAUCUUAGCAUCAUUGAUGUAAAAGAGCGUCAAGAACGACUUAAAACAAAUUAAAUUUUUCAAUGUACAUUAUUUACUAGUCAAGCUGAAUGUGAUUUACAGAUCUUCCUAUUCCAUAAACUGACACAUGUGCAUGUUUAUAUAUUUCCAUAUAUAUUUUUAAGGAACAAAGAAUAUUUAAAACUGCAUGAUAAAAAUCUCUCUUUUUGAUCUAAAUGAUAUUUAGUGCAUAGGAAAUAUUAUACCUUGAAAUUUUUAGAUCAAAGAUAGUGGCCAAAUUCCUUCUAUAUAUAAAGGCAAAAGUUAUUUUUUAAUAAUAUAGCAUUUAUUUAUUACACUAGACCAGAGUGAGAAUUACUAAUAUGUAUUCAUAUUUUCAGGAUAUUUUUAUCUUUGAUACUUUUAUUUUUGUUAUAGAAAUUAUAUAGUACAAUAUCGAUAAUCUCUGUAUUUUCCAAUAGCGAUACAAUUUAAAAGACCUAAUAAAUAUUCU